AUGGGUAUCCUGGGCCACCGCAACCUCGACCCUGUCGCCGAACCUAUCGCCCUAUUCGAACAAUAUGUCUCGAGGGAGCCGCAGACAAUAGUCCUAAGAGAAAAGGUAUUCUCCAUUUCUGGAGACAGCUUCGAAAUCAAAUUUGCCAAUGGGGCGCCGCUUAUAAAAGUGCGCGGAGCCUGGAUGUCACUUUCUGGUCGCAAGAAGGUCGAGGACGCCCAGGGAAAUCACCUAUUUGAUAUUGUCAAGGAGCAUCUGCAUAUCCACACGACGUAUGCGCUCGAAGACACCCAUCACAAGAAGAUGUGUGAGGUGAAGAGUAGUCUUGCGUUGCUCGGCUCCAAGGCCACUGCCACUUUCACUGAUAGUCGCGGUAAAGCGGUGGCUCUUAAGAUGAAAGGAGGCUGGUAUGAUCAAAGUGCUGAUAUUGUCGAUGAUAAGAGCGGCCAAACAGUGGCUCGCAUUGACCGGAAACUGCUCAGCGGCCGCGACCUUGUGUUUGGUCAGCAGACGUACGCCGUUGUUAUUGCACCUGGUGUGGACGCGGCACUGAUUGCUGCCUUGUGUAUAUGUUUUGAUGAGAAGAAUAACGAGCCAAGCGGCCAGUAG